AGGUGACUUCCGCUCUGUCAUGGAGGCGUAAUAAUAUUAAUAGUGUUUUUAACGCUAGUAAAAAGUAGUAAUAAAUACAAAUACAGAUGCUUACAGUGAAAAUUUUUAAGAGCAAAGGAAAACCAAACAAAUUUUAAUCCAAACGAGCCUUCUGUAACUUGGAAACUAAUUUCAACAAGUAAGACCUACAAACUAAACAUCAUAAUGCUUUCAUUGGGAGGACUUGGUGCAGAUGAUGAUGAUGAUGCAGAUUUCAGUUUAACUUUUGAAGGCGGAUCUAAGCUGGCCAAUAUGUUUUCUGAUGAUGCUCCCCAACAUCAUGAUAGCCAGUCUUUGAUGUAUACAGCUCCUAAGCAGCCAAAAAAAACAGAUUCUGGACCUAGUAGUCAAAGUGCUACCACGACGUCUGUUCUCUAUGCUGUUGUAGUUCAUAGCUUCAAGUACGAGGGUGGAAAACAUGUCAACCAAGGGAAAGUUGGAUUAGCUAUUAUUGGAAAUCAUGAGUUACCAAUGUACAAACUGCUACUAUAUAAAGGAAAGCAGCAACAGAUUACAUCGGCAAAUAUUUCUCAAACCUUUAAGUUCACAGUUCAACAGAACAAAUAUGCUUAUUUUUAUGAUAAUCAACGAAGUUCCUGGACAGUUAUGUUUGAGUCUGAGGACAACCAAAUAGAAUUUGCCAAACAGGUAACGUUGGCUAGAGCCAACAUUGCUGGGAGCAGAUUAAACUGUGUUAUUAUUCAAGAUCUUACCAUUGGUGAGGGCCCUAGUCUAGAGUUAGGACAUAUGGCAGAAGUCAGAUACACUGGUUGGCUAAUGACCAAUCAUACCUUUGGACAAGUGUUUCAUAGUAGUAGCAACUCUGAAAAAUUGAUGAGGAUAAAACUGGGAAAGAGCAAAGUUAUCAAGGGACUGGAAGAAGGCCUGAUUGGCUCUAAAAAAAAUGGUAGACGGUUACUUAUAAUUCCACCAUCUCUUGGGUAUGGAUCUACAGCUACGGACAACAAAAUUCCACCUAAUAGCACUCUUAUUUUUGAAGUUCAAGUUACAAAGAUGAAAUCCAAAGAUACUUCUCGUUCUUCAACUCCAGUUGUGGAUAGUGAUGCCAGUGAUGGAAAGAAGCCAGAAAUCCCUUCCAAACCUCACUCACAUAGUGUUAGCAAUGAAGAUUCUGUAAGAGCACGUGGAGCAUCAUUAUCUGAACAGAUGUCUCAGAGCUCUAAGAGUGAUAAAGCUCAGAUCAUCUCCAGGGUGGCCAAACUGGGUAUGUCCUUACUACCUGUUGCAGGACACCUCAGUAGUGAGUCAGACAUAGAGGGUGAUCAUCCUCAUUCCUCAGUGUCGCCCCCUCCAGUCCUUCCAUUACAUCAGCCACUAGAACAACGAAAGUCAAGAUCAUCAUCUACUCUCAACCAAAAUAUUGUCCAUUCUAUCCAGCCUGGUGUAACUCAAGCUCUGCCACAAACCCAUCAUUCUGUUGCUGUUACAGACCACCAGAUGGCAUUGUACCAGCCAGCUGUUACCCAUCAGCAACAGUACCCUGGAGCUCUGCCAUAUAGUUACGGUUUUCAACAACCUGUAGCACCUCCACUAGGUGUUCUCCAGCAACAACAGUCCUUUCCCAUGCAAAGUAUAUCCGGAGUAAAUCCACCUCUUGAUAAUCAACUUCCUGUGUUGCUAGCAGAAACUAGGACGCAAAAUACCGAACUUCGUCUGUCUCUUGGAAAGAUAGCAGACAAGGUUGAUCUGGUUUUAAACAAGGUGGAAGACAUCAAAUCCAAUCAUUCACAAGCAGUUGUAGGUGCACCUUAUAUGGAGACAUCCAUUCUUCUUCAGAACAUCCAGAGGAUUGUUCAGGAAAAUUCACGACUGAAGAAUGAUGUUGACGAAAAAAGUACUAAAAUUCAAACCCUAAAUGAGAAGAUUUGUGAUCUCUUACAGAAAAACCAGAAAUUCAUGGAACAAAGUAACUCUAUGCUAGAACAAAGAAGUGAUUCUCUUCACACUUCUACUUCACACUCCCAAGCAAGACUUCUUAUAUUGGAGCAAGAAAAGGCAAAGUUAGCUGUAGAAUUUGGAGAAGCUGUGUCUAAAAUUAAUAAUCUUGAACUUCAAAUCAACCAACAAGAAGCUGAACUACAGCAAAAGCUACAGGUGGCUGACUCUGAAGUUUUGAGGAAUAAAGAACAGCUGGAAAAGUUGAAAGAUCAGGUUUCAGAACGAGAAAGUGAACUUAAAAUCCUCCAACAGAGUUUGAGAGAAGCACAAAAGUAUAAGAAAGACUUGGAAGAACGCUGUGCUGACUUACAAGAAACUAAUCAAUCUCUAGAAAAGAAUUUGACAGAUAAAAAACAAAAGUUAAAAGAAGACCGGAAGAAGGUGGAAGAAGAGAUGGAAGAAAUGAGAGUUUUACAUGAGGGCACAGAAAAUAAAGAAGUAGAAAGCCUGAGAACCAGAAUGCUGAAACAAAAAACUGAGCCAGCUGUUGACAAGUUGAACCAGCUAGAGGAGGAAAUAAACAGGGUUUGGGAACAGAAACAUAAAAAAGAGCUUGAAGAAAUAGUUGAGAAACACCAACACGAUUUGGAAUGUAUAGAGACAGAGAAGGAAGAAUUGAGGCAGAAAGUUCACCAACUUGAGAAUAAAGAAGACUUAAUUCAGACAACAGAAGAAGUUAUGAAAGAACCUGAAGAAUGGAAAUCUAAGCAUGAAACAUUGUUGGCAAAUUUCCAGACUAUGAAGGAACAGUAUGAGCUAAAAAUUGCUAGCCUAACGAAGAUAGUUCAAGAACUUCAAGAAAAUGCAACUGACACUUCAGGGGGAAAGUGCUUUGAAGAUGAGGUAAUAAAGAUUAGUUGUUGUGAAUUUUAGAAAUAACAAAAACUA